AUGAGUGAAGCUGUUAUAACCGAAGUACUUGGAGGGUCCGUCGCUGCUUCCCCAGGUAGUGAUGAGCGGUCAGACGGUGAUGCGUCGUCGUCCAUCUCGCCCUCACCACCACAACGACGACCACGGCCGCUGCCUCCGCAGCCGCCACAGUCGUUUCCCUCUCAGCAGCAGCAACAGCUACAAAGGCCGCUCAGCGGCGGCACGACAACGUCUGACCUAAGCGAAGAAGGCGACGAUGUGUCGGAUUCGACGAAGACGUCCGACAACGCAUUGCCUUCAGCGAGAGAGUCCAAUUCGCUUGGCAAGCAGAACAAGAAAACAGCUAAGACACCGAGACCGGCGAUGGAGAUCUACAGACCACCAGGCAAUCUUCAAUGGAAAGGUGAAAAUUUCCAGAGAAACAAGUUGAAGCAACGCUCACUGACGUGCUGCGUCACGCGAAGCUACUUCCCCAAAAAGCAAGACAGAGCACCGCUGCCACCACCGCCGUCAAUUAUUCCCGGAGGUGAUAAGCAGCACGGCUGCAAACGACAGCACUCUUUCGUCAAGGACAUGUCGAAGAAGAAGGAGUUUUCGGACGAAGAUGCCAAAGAGGCGAAGUCUCUGUUUUCUGCGCUGGAGAUGGACACAGACGAAGACGUUACAGCAUGGAUGGAAGGCAAGUUCGAGCAUAAAGAAGUGGCAUGCUCAGUAGGCAAAAAACUGGUUCAAGCUGCGGUAGAAAAUGGAAAGAACCUGAAGCAAGUUUCGAAACUGAGUGCAAUCUUGAUUUCGUGUUCAUCCGGUGCUGAUUUUCACAAGAGCUUGCUGACAAGUUGCCGAGAGUACUUCGAUUUCAAGGAAAUACUGAGAAAGGAAGAGUUUGGGAAGUGGCUUUCGUUUAUAAAUUUUGUAUCCGAGCUUUACGGGAGUAUUGGAUUUUCUUACGAAGAUGAAAUUGUGGAUAUCGUUAUGAAUAUAUUUAAUUUUUUGCUUCUGCCACCGGUGCUUGAAGAAAUCAACAUUGAAGAGCUUGAAUGCGUCAUUUCGGCGCUUUUAAAUAUUGGGUACGACCUGGAACGUCAGUGUCCUGAUCGCCUUACGAAUCUCAGAGACAUAAUUCGGGAUGCCCUGAUCCAGGCCAGCGAGCCAUGGGCUCGAAAAAUGAUUUUAUUGUUAGUCGAAUUAAGUGCCAGCAAUUGGAAGUUACCAAAUGACGCAAAUGCGUAUUACUUUGAAACUCAACCAUGUGCCUAA